CCGAAACAGAAGGCCUCAAGAAUCUGCUUCGGAGCUGCAUCAAAGGUAUCAUUCGUGCGUCAAUAUUGGAAUAGACUAGUCUGCUCGAUAUGAAAGGAGUCUCUGUAUUGUCAGAUUUGGACACAGAUCAGUUGCCAGAAGGCAUCACAGUAACGUCUUUGGCGAGCUAAGCCUUCGCUUUUCUUCAGCAUACUAUCAAAGCUGAUUCUUCCCAAAAACUCUUUUCCGACCUUUCACAAUAGUUUGAUCGUUAUGGGCUCCAGCAAUGUGGUGGCUCAUGAUGCCAGCAUUUCCGAUACUGUCAAAGAAGAGGCGCAAGCGACUGUCGUUGAAGCAGUCCCUCCACGAAAGCGGUUUGAGACUGUACUUUUAAUGUCAGCUCUAUCAGUAAGAAUACAAGAGGGCUCCAUGAAAAUAUAGCGAACCUCCUGGUCGCUUUGGACACAACAAUUGCGACCACGGCACUUCCAGCAAUAACAUCAUCUCUUCAUUCAGCAGCUGGGUAUGCGUGGAUUGGCUCUGCUUACUCUCUUGCAACGGCUGUGACUGUCCCGGUAUGGGCCAAAGUCAGUGAUAUCUUUGGACGAAAGCCGCUGCUGUUGCUCGCCAUUGCCAUAUUCUUUCUUGGCAGUCUGCUAUGCGGAACAGCAAGGACAAUGGUAUGGCUAAUUCUGGCAAGGACUUUUCAGGGAGCCGGCGGUGGUGGUAUCAGUAUUCUGGUAUCUAUUUGUAUAUCCGAUUCGUUUUCAAUGAGAGAGCGACCAGUAUACUUCGGUAUCAUCGGGAUGACCUGGGCAUUCGCCAGUGCCAUUGGCCCGUUGUUAGGGGGAGUCUUGACAACCAAACUCUCCUGGAAAUGGUGCUUUUACAUCAACCUCCCACCGACAGCACUCUCUGGACUCAUAGUUCUCUUCAAACUUCACGUACAUACACCCAAAACUCAAUUUCGCGAAGGUAUUAAGCGAAUAGAUUGGGUUGGAAGUACACUUAUGAUCUCGGGGGCGGUCCUGCUCCUGCUAGGCUUGCAGAUGGCUGGCAUUGACCACCCUUGGAAAAGCGCCAUCAUCCUCAGCUUUCUCAUAAUCGGCACAAUGCUAGCAAUGCUCUUCUUUCUUUGGGAAUGGAAAUUUGCUCAAUAUCCAUUGAUGCCGCUCCGAGUGUUGAACAAUCGCACCAGCGUUUCCGCGUUGGGUGUAUGCUGCUUCCAUAGCAUGUGCCUUAUUGGAGGCGCUUAUUUUCUGCCACUUUACCUUCAGGGCGUUCUAGGUGCCUCGCCAUUGAUGUCUGGCAUUUAUUUGCUUCCAUUCACACUUUCCCUCUCGAUUUCCAAUAUUUGUACGGGACUCGCUAUCCGUCGAACGGGCAAAUACCUUUUGUUCAUGUGCCUUGGUGCACUUAUUAUGACCCUUGGGUUCGGCCUCUUCAUAAGUUUACCUCAACGCUACGAUUGGACCAAAUUAAUUACAUUCCAAAUCGUCGCUGGUAUAGGUAUUGGGCCAAACUUUCAAUGUCCACUUUUAGCUGUUCAAGCAUCCUCGAGACAAGGCGAUCACGCGACCGCGGCUUCGACUUUCAACUUCCUCAACAAUUUGUCCGCUUCUGUGACUAUCGUCAUCAGCACAGCUAUUUUUCAAAAUUCCAUGCAGAGCCAACAGAAAUCGCUUGCUGAGAAGUUUGGAUCUGAGAUGGCCGAUCUGCUCACUGGCCAGGAUGCAGCAGCUAAUGUGGAGGCUAUAGGAAUGCUGCCAGAAAUGGAGAGAGAGGUGGCGCAAAAGGCUUUACUGAAGGCUAUGCUGGGUAUGUGGAUUAUGUAUACAUGUUUUGCUGGAGUUUCGAUUAUGUGCAGUGUUUUUGCAAAGGGAAAGAUACUGGCGAAGGAACAUACUGUUACUGAGACAGGAAUUGAGGCCGAGGAGCUCAAGCGAGAGAUGGAGCAUGAGCGAAGGAAAGCCAAAAAGGAAGCGGUAAGAGAGAAACAUUAGACAGCAUGACAUGAGCACAGGUACAUGUCUUGCUAUGAGACUCAGCGGGCCUCUAGAG